UUAUCGUUUGAAUCAAAACAAGUAAAGGGACAGCAUUAUCCACAGUUCCGUGCGUUACAUUUGUAUAGUUGACUUUAAACGCAGAUGACAGCCCAGGAUGGAGGCAGUUUUAGCCAAAUAUGAAAACCAGAUCAACGUGUUCUCUGAAUUCCUAGAAGAUUUGCCAGACACCAAUGAACCAGUGUGGAUCUUAGGAGAAUGUUACAAUGUUAAAACCGAAAAAUCCGAGCUUCUUUCAGAUGUGCAUUCGAAGCUGUGGUUCACAUAUAGGAAAAAGUUCUCUCCUAUAGGAGGGACGGGCCCCUCGUCGGACACAGGCUGGGGCUGCAUGCUGCGCUGUGGGCAAAUGAUACUGGCACAAGCCCUGGUUUGCCAGCACCUGGGACGAGAAUGGCGGUGGGUGGCAGAGGGACCUCAGCCAACAGAGUACCAGCGUAUCCUCCACUGUUUUCUGGACAGAAAAGAUAGCUGUUAUUCAAUUCACCAGAUGGCUCAGAUGGGAGUUGGGGAGGGCAAGUCUGUUGGAGAGUGGUACGGUCCAAACACAGUGGCACAAGUGCUCAAGAAACUUGCACUGUUUGAUGACUGGAAUUCCUUAGCUGUAUAUGUUUCAAUGGACAACACGGUUGUGAUCGAAGACAUCAGGAAGCAGUGUUGCCAGGGGGCAUGGCCCAGGUCGGGUGCCUAUGGCUGGGGCGAGUCCCAGCCCUCUGACAGGUCCUGGUCAGGACGGGGCCGGGCAGAGGAGGCAGGGCCAGCGCCGUACCCCUGCUCCCAGCAGGCCAGGGGGUGGAGGCCCCUACUCCUGCUGAUUCCACUCCGCAUGGGCAUCAACAACAUGAACCCUGUGUACAUCCAGGCCCUGAAAGAGUGUUUUAAGAUGCCUCAGUCUUGUGGAGUACUGGGUGGAAAGCCUAAUUUGGCUUAUUACUUCAUUGGAUUUAUAGAUGACGAGCUGAUCUACCUGGAUCCCCACACCACCCAGCUGGCUGUGGACUCAGAGACGGGCACCCCCGUGCAUGACCAGAGCUACCACUGCCAGAGGAGCCCUCACCGCAUGAAGAUCACCAGCCUGGAGCCGUCCGUGGCGCUGGGUUUCUUCUGUAGGAGCGAGGAGGACUUCGAUGGCUGGUGCAGUCAGGUUCAGCAGGAGCUUGUGAGGAAGCGUAACCUGCGUCUGUUCGAGCUGGUGGAGAAGCACCCCCCUCACUGGCCUCCGUUCGUGCCCCCCACGAAGCCGGAUGUGCAGACCACGGGUGCAGGUGAUCUAGAGAGUUCAUUGAGUCCACAGACAAGCUGUUCGAGUCAGAGGAAGAGUUUGAAAUCCUGAACGUCUGAGCUCCACCCCUUCACAGCUUGAGGCAAUCGAUACAAGAUUAGGACAGGGGCGGAGCCUCAGGUUUCUACUGGUCCAGGUUGCACAAGUGCCUCAGAUCAACACCAAGCACAACAUACCAACAUGCAAAAGAGCCCCCCACAACAACCAGUAAUAAUAAAGCAGGACUGGAAAAGCGAGGAAUGGUGUCCUGGUCGGCAAUCCCAGAGGGACGGUCUGCAUGAAUGAGCUUCCACUGUCUCGCUUUGGAAUAUGGAGCAUUAAAAAAAAAGCAAAAAAAAAAAAGCCAGGGAUCACUGUAGCUACUCUUGUGUGAUUUUAGCCUCAUUCAUAGGCACUUCUGAGAGACUUUUAUAUCUUAUAUAUAUAUAUAUAUAUAUAUAUGUUGAGAAUUCAGAGGGACUUGUUGGUUGCAUAAACGUUACUGUAUCGCAUCUCAUUGCCUCCUGUUGCUAAAGUGUAGCAGACAUGGAAGAGGAACAACAUGGAAAUAGUGGUUUUGUAGAAGGUAUGGUCUCAACACACACACUACUACCUGAAUCCAUAAAGACACCUGAUAUACAGAGAGCUUUUAUUCAGUGUUAUGUGAGGAAAACUGAAAACCUUAUCUGUGGAAAGUGCCUCUCUCUUUGACAUAUUUAUGUUGUAUGGUUGAUUAGGAUAAUUUUUUUUCACCUUUCAUAAACAGACAGGUUUAAACAACACCCUCACCCCCCUUUUGCACAUCUAUGUAAAUAUGCCUAAAAAUAAAGAUAUUUAAACACCUUU